AUGACCAAAGACGCUGCUACCCUCCAAUACCUAACAACCCUCUCGUACAACACACCUCUUGUUCCCACCAAACUGGUCCUUGAUUUGGGAGGUUCUUUCCUCUGGCUUCAUUGUGCCACCCGAAACACCCUUUCGUCUUCUUCCCUCACCACUCCUCAUCGCACCCUCCAAUGCUUCGUAGCCAAAACCCACAAAUCGCCCAACUUUUUUCUCUUCGGGCCCAUCGACCAACACCACUACCAACCUUUCCAAGUCUUUUCGAAGAACAGUAUCACCGACCCCGUUGCUUACGAAUUUGAGAUUCUCAAGUCUCUAACCUUCACACAGCUCGUCACUGGUUUCCCCUCCCUUAACUACUUCAUCAACGUCAGCUCCGCAAAAAUCAACGACAAAGGUUGUCCUUGGACGCCUCAGAGUUCAACGAGCAAGAGGGGCUUGCAAGUGGGGUCUUCUAUGCCGGUCAUUGAACUGGUUAUGUAG